CGUCUGCCCGGCCGCUCUCGAGUGCCCCGGAAGCGGUUGCGCCCGCGCCCCGGAAGUGGUUGUGGCGGCGCUUCGGGUCCCUGGAGCUGGCCGGAGGGUAGCGGGGUCUCACGGUGGAGUCGGAGCCAUGUUCCUGACGGUGGCUGCCUUGGCCAAGGCCAAAUCCAAGUACAUCCUUGUGAGGAUGGUGAGUGCAGCAGGGACGGGCUACUGUUACAACAUCAAGAGAGCCCGACUACAGGAGAAAUUGGUCCUGCUGAAAUAUGAUCCCAUUGUGAACCAACGUGUUCUCUUCACAGAGAAGAGAAAAAUACGUUCCAUCUGAACAACGCCUUGUAAAUGGACUUGUUUUAUACGUCAGUUGGACUCUUGUGGGGGUUAGGGGGGGAAAUCUGCUUCUGAAAUCCUGCAGUAUGUGCUAAAAAGAGAGGAAAUAGACUCGAUCAAUGCCUCCUGUGAUUUGAAGGCCAUUGUGAAUGAGAACAAUGUAGAGAGAGAAAAGUCUUAGUGUCUGGACAUAGA